AUGGAAACACAAACGCUAACACCCAAGUUAACAAACUCGGACCCUUUGGAAGAAGGCGAAAUAAUAGACGAGAUAAACUCAACAACUUAUAGUGAAGAAGAGAAACAAAACUUAGAGGCAGUAACCAAUGGAGUAGCAGCAUUGCCUUACCCGAACCAGCCGUCACCGCAGAGUCAAGAUAAUGAGGAUUCCAUCAAGAGCAACGAACAUGGCUUAGAAGGUCUAGAAGGCGACUCGAAAGAAGUAAAGAAUCGGGAAAGUUCUGGACGGGAACGGAAACAUCGGGAAGAACGGCGUCAUCGCCACUCUAGCAGGCAUUCCCGUAGUCAUCGUCGUCACCACGAUAACGAGCGUAGCCGACACGGGCAUAGACGACACGAAUCAGAGCGAAGGAAUCACAAUAAAGAAGGCGAUAUGGGUCGGAAGGACGGUUUAGGUAACAAUUUGAGCUCGACCGAGCCAAUGGUCGUCGAUGACGAUGAAACUCGUAGCGAUAUAUCCACAAAUCGUAAUGAACAUUCUGAUGCCUCUCUCCGUAAACCUAAACGCAGUAGGGCAGAGUUUUCCUCUGACGAUGAAAGUCAUCACCACUCAUCUUCUCGUCAUCAUUCCUCUUCCCGCCAUCGUUCCUCUUCCCGUCAUAGCGAACGCCGUCAUAGCAUAAGCCGACGAAGGAAAGAAUAUCGCGGUCGAUAUGAUUACGACCGGGAAUAUCGGUACGCUUAUGGUGAACCGACGACCGUUCAAGAGAAUAAAGAGAUACGAACCGAUCGUAACCAUGAUGAGACGAUAGAUAUUGAACUUGAACCGGAAGUUGAUGAAGAGAAGUUAAUAGAGGAGAGACGAAGGCGUAGAAACGAAAUUAUAGAAAAGUAUAAAAAUAAAGAUAAUGUUUCUACGGAAACUAGCCUUCAACAAAAGCAGCUCUCAGAUUCUAUCCCAGGGAAUAUUGUGGCUAAACAAGCGAUAUCUGAACAUCAAGCAACGGAGACGCCGUCUGUGACACCGACGGCUACGUCACCGCCGUCCUUCUCCCUCACAAAAGUCGAAAGCAUAGCUGAAGAUGAAUCCGUCGGCGAAGAAACACAUGGUUUUUCCGCUGCAGAUUAUGAUCCUACAAAAGACCGCAUAGCCGAUGACGAACGACAACUUCACCACAAGUCCGCGAAAGACUUGGAACUAUUAAAGGCUAAAGAUUUGCAAGAGGCGGUAAUUCAACAGGGAGAUGAUGAUUCAGAUAUGUUUGCAGCUGAUUACAAGGAGACAUUAACAGAACGUAAUGGGAAUCAAGAAUCUAAUACCGAAAAAGUACAAAAUGGUGAAGAAUUGGACAUGUUUGCUGAUGAAGACAUGUUUGCCCAUUCACCAGAGAGCAAGGAAAACAAUACCCAACUAACACAGGCAUUCAAGACGGUUCCCGUAGUCGUACACGAUAAUAAUACAGGAUUGGUGGAUAACUAUGACGACGCAGAGGGAUAUUAUCGAGUUCUCCUCGGUGAAAUGCUUGAUAAUCGAUAUCAUGUGCACAGCAACCUUGGAAAGGGUGUCUUUAGUUCUGUUGUGAAAGCUAAGGACACUAAAGAAUGUAUUGAUGUGGCAAUAAAAAUCAUUCGCAAUAAUGAUACUAUGUAUCGAGCUGGCAUGAAGGAAUUGAAUAUACUUAAAAAGCUCAUGGCAGCAGAUCCUGAGAAUAAGAAGCAUGUAAUACGGCUUUAUCGACAUUUUGAACAUAAGGGACAUCUUUGUCUGGUCUUUGAAUCUUUAAGUAUGAACUUAAGAGAAGUAUUAAAAAAGUUCGGUAAGGAUGUUGGUAUCAAUAUCAAAGCUGUCCGCAUCUAUGCUCAGCAACUCUUCCUAUCAUCGUCUCUCUUGAAAAAAUGUAAUAUACUUCAUGCUGACAUUAAACCCGACAAUAUAUUGGUGAGCGAAUCCAAGAAUAUAUUGAAGAUGUGCGAUCUUGGCUCUGCUUCUGAUGCAUCAGAAAAUGAUAUCACACCAUAUUUGGUCAGUAGGUUCUAUCGAGCACCAGAAAUCAUUCUCGGAAUUCCUUAUGAUUACGCACUCGACAUGUGGUCUGUGGGCUGUACUUUAUACGAAUUAUAUACGGGCAAAAUUUUGUUUCCCGGUAGAAGCAAUAACCAAAUGCUAAAAUUGAUGAUGGAGUUCAAAGGAAAGUUUUCAAACAAGAUGCUUCGCAAAGGCCUAUUUGUUGAUCAACACUUUGAUCAAGAUUUGAACUUCCUGUGCUAUGAGACUGAUCGGAUAAGUAACAAAGAAGUUGUAAAAGUCAUGAUGAUAACGAAACCUGUUCGUGACUUGAAAACGCGGCUUUUAUCUCGGACUUCUCAUAUGACUGAUGAAGAAAUUCGCCUUCUUACAGCGUUUGUCGAUUUACUGGAUAAGUGUUUAAAUUUAAAUCCAGAGAAGCGAUUAACGGUGCGAGAAGCGCUGAUGCAUCCUUUUGUUACUGGCAAAGUUUAA